AUGGAUAGAGCGGUACAGCCAGGUUGUUUGGAGGCGGUGCGUAAGGCCGCUCUGGGCCCGAGGGCGCCCAUCUCACUGGGCCGCUCGGUUCUAGGACCCGAUCCGGGGCAGGGGGAGGAGAACACCGGGUCAAGGGCCACCGUAACCGCUCCCGGGAAGUCCUCCCGCCAGCCCGUCUACCCGCGCUUUGCGGGCUCUGCCUGUUAG